AUGGGGAAGACUGCAACCAGGCUCCCCAUCCAGAGCCACUCCAGCCUAGGUUCCUGUUCCUUUGCAAGUAGCAAUCUUUAUCCUGCUCAGAAUGAGCAAUGCUUUGCUAAUAUCACUACAUCCAGAAGACCUCACCAUGAUGGUGAAAGGUCUGGACCAAGUUUCAGGAAAGAUAGCUGUACAUACAGCCUUCUCUGUACUUUCCCAAAAGGAACAGAAAAAGAACAAGUCCCCGUGGGCACAGGAGGCAGAGAGCCAAAGCAUGACUCAGUUGAUGGAUCAAUUUCAUUUGAGGAUGUGACUGUGAACUUCACCCAGGAGGAGUGGGGUCAGCUGGACCCUGAUCAGAGGACCUUGUGCGGGGAUGUGACGCUGGAGAACUACAGAAUCCUCAUCUCACUAGGGCAUUGCAUUACCAAACCAGAGGAGAUCUUCAAGUUAGAGCAAGAAGCACCAUGGAUAUUAGAGGAAGAAUUUGCAAGCCAUUGUUACCCAGAUGAAUUGAAAGUUGAUGGUAUGGUAAAGAGCAAAGAAAACCAAGACAGACAUUUAUGGCAGGCUGCAUUUAUCAAUAACAAAAAAGUAGUUACUGUGAAAGAGAAUGUAUUAAGAAAACCAUUUAAUUUUUGCAUAGACUCUAUUCCUUCCAGAAAAAUGCCCAGUAAAUAUAACCUAGAUGGAAUCAGUUUAGAAAAUAUAUCAGAGUUAACCAAUAAUAAUAGAAACUAUUCAGAAAAGAAAUCUGAUGAUACCAAUGGGUGUGAGAAAUUGAUUCCUGAAAUUAAUCACGAGAAAACUCGUAUUGGAGAGAAACUUAAUGAUUUUAAUAAAAAUGAGAGCACUUGCUAUCAUAAUGAGGACUUUAUUCAGCAACAGGAGAGUCACACUGUGGAGUAACUAUUUGAAUAUAAUGAACUCAUUAAAGCGUUCCACAGUAAUGCCCUCUUCAUUACUCAAGAAGGAACUCACACAAGAGAGAAACUCUGUGAUUAUGGUGAAUGUGAGAAAACCGUCAAACCUCAUGUUACAUCAGGUAAUUUACUCAAGGAAGAAUCACUAUAAACUUAAUGAAUGUGGGGAAACCUGUGAUAAGUCAAUCCUCUGGAAGAAAUGUCAUAGACUUCACAUGGGUGAGAAAUACCAUGAGCGUAACGUAUGUGGAAAAGCCUUCUUCCAGAAGUCAAACCUCACAAUACACCAGAAAACACACACAGGAGAAAAACCCUAUCAAUGUAAUGAAUGUGGGAAAUCUUUUUACCAUGAGCCAGCCCUCAUUGUAUAUCAAAGAAUUCAUAGAGGAGAGAGACCCUAUGAAUGUACUAAGUGUGAGAAAACCUUCUAUCAGAAGUCAGCUCUCUGUCGUCAACAUCAAAGAACACACACAGGGGAGACCUUAUAAAUGUAGUGAGUGUGGAAAAUCUUUCUCCUAAAAGUCAGACUGGACUGUGCAUCAGAGGUUUCACACAGGAGAAGAACCUUAUAAAUGUUAUGAGUUUGAGAAAUCCUUCAGUAUAAAGUCAAAACUUACUAUACGCUCAGGUGAGAGCACUACGAAUGUAGUGAAUGUGGGAAGAUGUAUUAUAUGAAGUCAACCCUCAAAAAACAUCAAAGACUUUACACAGGGGAGAAAAUACAUGAAUGCAGUGAAUGUAGGAAGACCUUCUGUGGGAAGUCAGUUCUCCUUAAACACCAGAGAACUCAUACAGGGGAGAAACCGUAGGAAUGUGUUGAAUGUAGGAAAACCUUUUCUGAGAGGUCAACCCUCAGUAAACAUCAGAGGAUUCGUACCUGGGGAGAAACCCUUUGAAUGUAACAAAUGCAGGAAAGCUUUCUGCCAAAAGUCACAACUCAUUCAACAUCAGGGAAUUCAUCCAGGGGAGAGACCCUAUGAAUGUAACGAACGUGGGAGAACGUUUUGCCAGAAGGCCUCCUUCAACGUACAUCAGAGAACACACACAGGAGAGAAGCCCUAUGAUUGUAAUCAAUGUGGAAAAUCUUUCUGUAAUAGUUCAGCCCUUGUUAAACAUAAGAGAAUUCACUCGGGAGAAACCCUAUAAUUGUAAUGAGUGUGGGAAGACCUUCAGCCACAAACCCACUCUUGCCACACAUCAGGGAAUACACACAGAAGAGAAACAAUGUAAAGACAUUUGUACAAAACACUCCUCCCAUAAUUCAGAGCCUUUGGUAUGACAGAAACUAUAUCUGGGGAAGAAACUCUAUGCAUGUAAUGAAUGUGAGAAGUCCUUCUGCCAGAAGUCAGCCUUCAGUUUAUAUCAGAGAACUCACAUGGAAGAAACCCUGGCAGUGUUUUUAUCAAUAUACAUUUCCUUUUGCUACUGAGCACAUUGCUAGUCUGUAUUUCUGAGUUUCUCUUGCAACCACGUGGGACAAUGUG